AUGUCGCGAGAUCAUAGAAAAGAUGGCAGAUUUUAUAACAGAGAGAGAGAUUGGGAUAGAGAUAGGGAUCGCGAGCGUGAUAGGGACAGGGAUCGUAAUCGGGAUCGAGACCGCGAACGGGACCUGCGAGAUCCACGGGAUUAUAGGAGCCGUCCUAUGCAUAAACGGAGCCGUACUCCUCCACGAAGAGACGACAGUGACAAGCGAAGAAGCCGCUCACCUCGGACCAAGAACGAAAAAGAUCUCCUUGAUGAGAACAUACUGAGCGAGAUAUCGAAAUUACCUGAACCAAGUGAACUAUGGGACAAUCAACAGUUUCAAGACAAUGUAGGCUUUCAACAACCGCCCCCUGGCUUUCCACCGCCUGAGGGUGUACCACCAAUACCAACAGCACCAAGCUACAAUGCAAAUUAUCAGCCAUCAUACUCUGGUAUCUAUGAUGACUUCCCAUCAGUGGGUGGGGUUCCUCAAGCCCCAGUACCUCCAGACAUGUCUGCAUGGAACCAGAUGUCGUUGCCCCCACCUCCUCAACAGCCACCAGCACCCUUCAUCAACAAUGUUGAAGAUCAGAUCAAGAAAGAAGCUGCAAUCGAAUCAGAAAUGCGACAUCAGAAAGCAGCAUUAUCCAAACAGAGGGAAGAUUACAUAAAGAAAGCAAAUAUACUCAAGAAGGAGAUGGAGACAUUGAAAGAUCAACGGAACGAACUACGAGGCGACGCGAAACGAUCGCCGAGCCCAGACACCAAGAGGUUUUUGAAGGAAAACACCAAGUUACAGUUGGAGAUACAGAACAAGUUGAAGACUAUCUACAAUGUUGUGGACAUGCUCAACGGGAUCAUUGGCGAGGACGUACACGAGAUUGUCGACGAGGACAACAACGACAACGCAUCCGAACGCAACUCCAAACGGAAAUCUAGGUCACCAUCGAAUAAGAAAUUCAACUAUGUGUACUACGAUCCUGAGAUGCACUGGUGCCGCGUCUGCAAUGAAUUCCCGCCGACUGCUAAAGAUUAUCUGAACCAUUUGCACUCCCCUGCACAUCAUAAGAUGGCCGCAGCACACAUGGAAGCCCCGUGGCACACCGUGUCGGGCGUCAAUGAAGGAUUCCCGAGCUUCCCUGCGGCACCUACUAAACGCACGCCUAUUAAAGGUCUCCAAUUCUUCGUGCCCUCUACAGCAUGGUACUGCAAGCUGUGCGAUCAGUUUAUUGGUGAUCUCCAUUGUGCUUCUGCGCAUCUCAAAUCUGUUAUACAUUCCAAGAAUUAUACUAAUUUCGUAGAACAAAACCCGCACUGGGAAACAGACUGGAUGUCGGACCGGCAGAAAGCCUUCGAGAAAUCCCGGGCUACUAAAGGCAAGUCCGAUGAAAAACCAGCUCAGUAUACUGCCCAUACCAUUACAUUUAACAAGGAUGGGUUCCAUACGAAGCAUAAAGAGUCUCCUGCCCCUCCAGAAGAGAAAAAGAAGAAGGAUAAGAAGAAGAAGAGUAAGAGAAAGAGUAGCAGCAGCUCAUCUAGUGAGCCCAGCAGCUCGGAUAGUGAGCCUGUUAAAAAGAAGAAGGCUAAAGCUAAAAAACAAAGGAGUAAAUUGGACAGCCGGGAUGACAAGACCCUCACAGAAUGGAUGUCCAAUAUACAGAUGGACAGGCUGAAUGAUAACGAUCGGAAACUGCUGGACACACUUAAAAGCAGAAUGAAGAAAGAAAAAGCAGAUGAAAGCAGGUCACCCGACCGCAGCGAUAGGGAGCGGACCAUAGCCGAAUUAUCGAGAAAAAUGAGAGAGAGUGAACGUCGAGAAAGUCGCGCCCGUGAGGACCGAGACCGGCGCGAUGACAUGCGACGCCGGGACGACCGGAGGGAGGAACAGAGGGAGAGGGAGACCACGCCUCGACUCGAUACUAAGAAACCAGAGAUCAGGAAGAUGCCCUUCAUAGGAAAAAUGCCUGUUUACAAGCAUUUGGGAAAGAAUUCCAAAACCGAGGAACAGAAAAAAGAAGAACAGAAGAAGAAGGAAGAGGAAGAAACUACCAAGAAGAGGAGGGAAGAGAUGGAUGCUGAAAUACAGAAGAAGGUGGCGGAGUUCAAGGAGAAGAUAGCUCGCGCGCAGUUGGAGCGGCAGGCGCAGGUGGAGCUGGCGCCGCCGACGCUGGCGCUGCCCACCGCGCUGGCCGGCGCCGCGCCCGCCCUGCCCUACCUGCCGCCCGCGCCCGCGCCCGCGCCGCCGCAACUCAUGCAACAAACUCCGCAACCUCCUCAGCAGCCAACACUUCCUAAGGACUUCCAGGACGCACUGGACAUUAUCUUCCCAACGGAAGUCAAGCCAGACCUCUCGCAAGGAGACGGCUUGUUCCCAUUACCGCCUGGCUUCGUCCCAGGCCUCGGAGGAGUGAUGCCUCCCUUCCCGCCCCUGCCACUCAUGCAGACUCAGAUGACGCAAAUGUUUGGUUUCGACCUCAACGCUCCACUGUUCCAGCCGCGACCGCAACUCUACGACACUCAUGUGCCCCUAGUCCCCAGCCCCAAACCUCGGCCACAACACAACAAGAAGAGACAACAACAGCAUAAACCUGAACAGAGGCCAAAACAUGAACCACCUCAAAAGCCUAAAGAAGAAGAGCAGAACGGAAAUAUUGCUAAAAAGAAGGAAGAAAUGGAUGAUCUAGCGAUGUUAGGUAUUGAUGCUUCAGAUGUAGGCUGCCUUUAA